AUGUCUGAACUUGGAAAAGCUGAUUUUGGAUUGACAACAUUUUUUGCACGUAGUCACCCAAAUGAUAAGUGUGGAGCCAAUGGACUGCCCUUGACACCAAAUUCUAUAAAGAUUUUGGGAAGAUUUGAGCACUUGAAAACCAUUAGUCAUGAAAAUGUUUGCAAAUACCUAGACAUUCAAAGAGGCAAACAUGAACGGUUAUUGGUUGUCACAGAACAUUACCAGAAAUCUCUAAAGAAUGUUGCAAAGUCAGGCAAAUAUUCAAGUGAGGAGAAUUUAGUGCAGUUAGCUUAUGGGAUUGUCAAGGGACUGACCUAUCUGAAUAAACACAGAAUCACACACAGAAAUCUGUCUCAGGAGAAUAUCUUAUUCAGUGCCAAGGGCCAGAUAAAGUUGUCAGAGUAUGGCUUGUACUACAUGACAGAUUAUGGGGCAGACGUAGCAUUUCCUAUAGGACACCACCAGUACCUGUCCCCUGAGGUGCUGUGUGAGUUCCCUAUUCAGUAUGAUGAACACUCUGAGUCUGAGCCCACUGUACUCACCCCCUCAGGUCCAAAGUCAGAUGUCUGGUCUCUAGGCUUAAUUCUGUUGGAGGUCUUCACAGGAGAAGAAUUUUGGGGAGAUCUUACCUUGCCACAGACAUUUUUCAAAAUUUUAAGCUUUGUCAACUCAGAGAUUCACCCCUUAGACACAAUUUGCAAAGACCUGAAUGUGGAAAAACAUAUCAAGUCCCUUUCCCGAGAUUUCAUUGACUUUCUGAGACAAUGUUUAGCUGCUUCACCAGCAGACAGAUCAAAUCCAGCAAAGCUAAUGGAACACUCCCUGUUCAGAGAUCUAAGACAGGGGGAUAUAAAGAGGAAAAAUGGUUACAGACCAUUUUCAUCAGAUCUACGCAGUCUGGACUUAGAACUCCCUGUGCUAGGACAGAAUGGCUAUAAUAUAAAAGAUUAUGAUGAGGACCACCUGUCUCUGAGGUCUAUGGAGGAGGUGUACUACUUAUGGCGGCUAGCAGGAGGGGAGCUGUUUGGUGCACUGAAGAAAGAGGGAUUAGUCAAAACUAAACCCCCCAUCCAUCUCUUGCCAUAUUAUUCUACACUGGAUGGGGAAGUUUUUGGCCAGAGGAGAGACCAGGCAGAACUGUUAGAUGGGACCAUCAUAAUUCUGUCUCAGGAACAACUCAGGAAGAGAUUAAGUGAAAUAGAAGAAACAGCUUAUUAUCCCCUGUUGGAAGAUGAAAAUAGCCAGGUUUCAUCGACCCUCCCUUCAUCUUCGAGCAACUCGGAGAUUUCUGAGACAGCUAACCUCCCUUUAGUCAUCAGAGAAAGGGAUGUGGAGUAUCAGUUUCACAGAGUUAUCCUAUAUGAGAGAUUGAUAAAAGGAUAUCCUUACAAGAAAAACCACAUCUUUAAGGAGUCCCGAGUGGACAUUCCCCCUCUGGUUAGAGCUCAUGUCUGGGCAGCUCUUCUGGAAGUCGAGGGUGAUAUAUACUCAAGAUAUGAUGCCAUAGAUAAGGAGACCCCAACUACCACUGACAGACAGAUAGAGGUAGACAUACCCCGUUGUCACCAAUAUCAUGAACUCCUGUCAUCUCCUACUGCCCAUUCCAAGUUCAAGCGGGUCCUCAAAGCGUGGGUGGUCAGUCACCCCCAGUAUGUUUACUGGCAGGGCCUGGACUCCCUCUCAGCACCCUUCCUGGCCCUUAACUUCAACAAUGAAGCACUAGCUUACACCUGUCUCUCUGCAUUCAUUCCAAAAUAUCUACACAACUUCUUCUUGAAGGACAACUCUCAGGUCAUACAAGAGUACCUUGCAGUAUUCUCUCAUCUCAUCACAUUUCAUGAUCCUGAACUCAGCAACCAUUUAGAUGGAAUUGGGUUUAUUCCUGAUUUGUAUGCAAUCCCAUGGUUCCUCACAAUGUUUGCUCAUGCCUUUCCGAUUCAUAAACUGGUUCACCUUUGGGAUACACUGUUACUAGGCAACUCUUCUUUCCCUCUGUGUAUAGGUGUAGCCAUACUGCAGCAAUUCAGGGACCGUCUUCUGUCUUAUGGAUUCAAUGAAUGUAUUCUGCUGUUCUCCGACAUGCCAGAGAUCGACAUACAGAGGUGUGUACAAGAUUCCAUCAAGAUUUUCUGCAGCACUCCAAAAAGUGCCACAUUCCGACAGUAUGCUAGGGAACCAAAUAAGCCCUGUGAUACCAAACCUAAUGUGUCUUAUUACUCCAAGGACUACAAUGAACAGCCAAAAUCUGAGCUGUCAAUGGAACCAAUCAAAGUUGAGGAGCUGAAAUCAGAAAAAUGUUGUCGAAUCUCUGCUGAAGAUUUGAUAGAGUUGGGUGAACUUUGUGGCCCUGCUUCGACCAGAAGCCCAACCAAGAGACGAGCAAACAGUAAGCCGAUGAUCAUCGUGAUUGACACCAGGAACCCUGAGGACUAUGCUAAAGGAACCAUUCCUGGCAGCAUUAACAUUCCCUUUCCUUCUGCCU